GAUCACUUUCAGAAGUUCAUCCCACCAGGAGGGCACUAUGGGGAAGAUGCUCACGGCUAUGCCCACGGGCGGAUGGUAGGAGGAGUGACAGCUGGGCAGCAUGGCUCCGGUAAGCAGCAGCAUCCUGCUGUUCCUCCUAGGCCUGGAAGCAAAGGAGGCCCUGGGGGCAAUGAAGGGGAACAUGCUGGGGAAUCAGCUGGAAGCGGUGGAGAAGGAGGUGAUGGUACUGAGAAAGAUGGAAAGUCAGGACACAAAAAAACCACUGUAUUUAAAACUUAUAUCUCCCCCUGGGAACGAGCAAUGGGCAUCAGCCCUGAGGACAAAAGUCAGUUCACCAUUGACUUACUGUCAUAUAGCCCCAAAGCUGAUUUCCCCCAUUACAAGUCUUUUAACCGGACUGCCAUGCCUUAUGGGGGUUAUGAGAAAGCAGCCAAACGGAUGACCUUCAAAGUGCCUCAGUUUGAUAUUUGUCCUUUGCUUCCAGAAUCUCUCAUUAUAUAUAAUCAAAAUUUCAGCAACAGACCCUCCUUCAACAGAACCCCAAUACCUUGGAUGGCUUCAGGAGAUUCCUCUGAGUACCAUACUGAGGUCAAUGUGCCAAGGAGUGGUGAAACAGAAGAGCUGUAAAUCCUUACUGCUAAGGCCUUCCUUUUUUCUCAGCCCUUUCUAUUUGCAAGUGGAUGGUAAGGAGCUGAGAAG